GGUAGGAAGCCGAGGGGAAGAAUAAUGGUGAGGUUCGAGAACAUGGGAAGAAAAGUAGCUUAAAAUAUAGGCGCUGAUACCUCAACUUUGAACGUGGCCUUUGUCCACUCUCUCUUAAAAAGUCGUUUCCCUGAACCCACAAACCCCUCAUUCAUUUUCAUUUGCUCACUCCUCAAGGUUAUUUCUCAAGGUAUAAUGAUUGUGUUUUGAAGUUUAGUUGGUUGAGGGUUUAUUGAAACUAGUGAAGUACUUUUAAAUUCAAUUUGAGGGCUUGAUUUACAGCAAUGGCAUGGUUUAGAGCUGGAUCUAGUGUGGCAAAGCUUGCCAUUAGAAGAGCUGUGUCUCAGGGUGGUUCUUACGUGCCAAGGAGUCGCAUUCCUCCAUCACAAAGUAGAUAUUUUCAUACCACAGUUAUCAGGCCAAAGGCGCAAUCUGCACCUGUCCCGAGGCCUGUACCACUUUCAAAGUUGACUGAUAGCUUCUUAGAUGGUACCAGCAGUGUCUACCUUGAGGAGCUUCAGCGGACUUGGGAACAAGAUCCGAAUAGUGUGGAUGAAUCAUGGGACAACUUUUUCAGGAAUUUUGCUGGCCUAGCCGCCACAUCGCCUGGGAUUUCUGGCCAGACGAUUCAGGAAAGUAUGAAUCUUCUAUUGCUUGUGAGAGCUUAUCAGGUUAAUGGUCAUAUGAAAGCCAAAUUAGACCCGUUGGCUUUGGAGGAGAGGGAAAUUCCAGAUGUUCUGGAUCCAGUAUCAUAUGGGUUCACUGAAGCUGAUCUGGACCGAGAGUUCUUCCUUGGUGUUUGGAGGAUGUCUGGUUUCUUGUCUGAGAAUCGCCCCGUGCAGACCUUGAGGGCGAUAUUGACAAGGCUUGAGCAGGCUUAUUGUGGCAGCAUUGGUUUCGAGUACAUGCACAUUCCCGAUCGUGAUAAAUGUAAUUGGUUGAGAGAACGUAUUGAGACUCCUACACCGAGGGAAUACAACCGUGAACGACGUGAAGUUAUUCUUGACCGGUUGAUGUGGAGUACUCAGUUCGAAAACUUCUUGGCGACCAAGUGGAUGGCAGCCAAGAGAUUUGGGCUUGAAGGUUGUGAGACCUUGAUUCCUGGCAUGAAGGAGAUGUUUGAUAGAUCGGCAGAUCUGGGAGUUGAGAGCAUAGUAAUUGGGAUGCCGCAUAGAGGUAGAUUAAAUGUUUUAGGUAAUGUUGUUCGAAAGCCACUAAGGCAAAUUUUCAGUGAGUUUAGCGGUGGUACAAAACCUGCGGACGGAGCUGGCUAUGUGGGAACUGGUGAUGUCAAGUAUCAUUUGGGAACCUCGUAUGAUCGACCUACUAGAGGUGGUAAGAGAAUUCAUCUAUCAUUGGUUGCAAAUCCCAGCCACUUAGAAGCUGUGGACCCCGUUGUUGUUGGAAAAACUAGAGCAAAGCAAUACUAUUCUAAUGAUGUGGAUAGAACAAAGAACAUGGGUGUUUUGCUCCAUGGUGAUGGUAGCUUUGCUGGGCAAGGUGUUGUUUACGAGACAUUGCAUUUGAGUGCUCUUCCA